AAUGAGCCAAUGUAUACAUCCGCUUUAACCACUUCCCGUUCAGCCGUUGUAUAUAAACGGCUGGACGGUGGCAGUGCAGGGGCGGGUUGCCGUUUCUUAAACGGCGCCCGCCAUUUUGGAUUGUGUGCACUCCCUGGGAGGGCGCGGCACCACGAUCCGGCACACCGAUCUCUGAAAGGGACCUCUGUGUGAGGUCCCGAUCAUUGAUCACAUGAAUUGGUGUACGCAAGAUGUCACUUCCUGACAUCAUUGCUUACUACGUCUGAAAUCUGUGAAUGAUCAUAGAGGUCACAUGGUACAGGAC